UGAGCCUUGCCAGCCUCUUUUUACAGAUCCUACACAAAAGAGGACACAAUGCUUCCAAGAAGGACCCUGAAAUAUUGCCUUUCGCUGUUGUUUUUGACCAUCCUGCCUUCCCGAUCUGCGCUGGAGGUCUCCAAUGUGGCCCUCACCGGAGAAGCUUUACAAUCCAGCACCUACGACCAUAAUGGAGGAGCUAUGAAUGCCAUUGAUGGGUCUUUAGUAGGUGUAUAUACAGGGGGCUCCUGCUCCCACACAGAUUAUGAAAGUAAUCCAUGGUGGACGGUAGACUUGCAGGCGACGUAUCUAGUAGUCCAUGUAAGGAUCACCAAUCGGCAAGACUGUUGUACUCACCGUCUUAAUGGGGCUGAAAUCCUAGUUGGGAACUCCACAGAGAGAGGAGGCACAACAAACCCUAGAUGUGCUACAAUAAGUUAUUGGGACGCUGGGGAAACACGCAGUUUUUACUGCGAAGCGUCAAAAGGGCAGUUUGUUACAAUUACCCUACCAAGGGCCGGAUACCUCACACUUUGUGAAGUCCAGGUGUUUGGUCAGAAGAUAGAUUCGAGCGCCGACCGUGAGCCAGAGAAGAACAAGCCACUCACACCAGGAGAACAAGUUAACACUUCUGUCCCCAAUGUGGCUCUUGAAGGGAAAGCAUUUCAGUCCAGUAUCUACAAUGCACUUGGAAACCCUGAGAAUGCCAUUGAUGGGUCUAUAAUUAGUGACUAUAUGCGUGGCCACUGCACACACACACAACUAGAAUUUAAUCCAUGGUGGACAGUGGAUUUGGCAGAAGAGUUUCGUGUGUCCAGGGUUAGCAUCACCAAUCGAGGAGACUGCUGUGCAAGGCGGAUAAAUGGGGCUGAAAUCCGAAUUGGAAGCUCGCCAGUAAAAGGAGGAAUCACAAAUCCAUGGUGUGCGACAAUCAGGUCAUUGGUCUCAGGGGCAACAGCCUUUUUUGACUGUGGAAAAAUGCGAGGACGUUAUGUGACUAUCACCAUCCCAGGCAUUCGUAUCCUCUCACUGUGUGAAGUUCAAGUUUUUGGUGAAAAGCUACCUUCCUCGGGAGAUGAAAAAGAGACCUCAUCUGGAACUAGGCAAGAAGCAGAAGUUUCUUCACCAAUUGAACAAUGGGAAAAGCCAAGAGAACCCAAACAGCCAUGGGAAGAAGCAAAAGAGAAGUGGCAACCCUACACAACAGUCUACAAUGCAGCUCUUGAAGGAAAGGCAUUCCAGUCCAGCAUCUAUGACCGUCUAGGAUCUGCUGAGCAUGCCAAUGAUGGCUCUACAUCUGCUAACUAUUUGCGUGGACACUGCACUCACACCCAACAAGAAGCUAAUCCGUGGUGGACAGUGGACCUUAGGGAAAUAUUUGAUGUGUCCAGUGUAGUGAUCACCAAUCGAGGGGACUGUUGUGCGGAAAGGAUAAAGGGUGCUGAAAUUCGAGUUGGGGACUCUGAUGAGGAAGGAGGCAUCAGAAAUCCCAGGUGUGCCACCAUCACUUCAUUGGGUUUGGGAGAAACAAAAAAAUAUGACUGUGAAGGAAAGAUGGGACGGUAUGUGACUAUUACCAUUCCAGGUGAAGCCAAAUAUCUCACCCUCUGUGAAGUUCAAGUUUUUGGUCACAGGAGAGCUCCCACAGUUCCCAAUGUGGCCCUCAAAGGUGAGGCAUCCCAGUCCAGUACCUACAACCGACUAGGAGUUGCAAAGAAUGCCAUUGAUGGGUCCACCUCCACUAAUUUUAUGCGUAGAUCAUGCACUCACACGGAUAGAGAGCCGAAUCCAUGGUGGGCAGUGGACUUGAAGGGAGAAUAUGAUGUGUCUAGCAUAAGCAUCACCAAUCGAGAAGACUGUUGUGCAGACCGGCUGGAUGGGGCUGAAAUCCGCAUUGGCAACUCCUUUGAGAAUGGAGGUUCUGCAAAUCCCAGGUGUGCCACUAUCACCUCACUGGGUGCUGGAGAAACCCGCAAUUACAAUUGUGGAGGAUUCAAAGGGCAGUACGUGACACUGACCAUCCCAGGCACUCAGUAUCUCACCCUGUGUGAAGUCCAAGUGUUUGGUGUGAAGGUGGAUUCAUCUGGACAUCCAGACAUCCCAUCUGAAAAGGAAGAAGCAUAAUUGAAAAUUACAUUUCAUGGGACAGCAGAAAUUGUGAAACCAAGAGCCCCUACCUUUGUAGAUCGACACCACAAAUUAUCGUUACUGACUGCUAACAAGGAGGAACCCUGGUUGGCUGUCUAGAAGAACCUGCACCCAGAGGGAUGUCAACUCCUUCCAUGACUGCUAAACUCACCUGCUACUCAUCUAUAGGCUGAAAUCCAAAAUAAACAGUAGAACUUGCAACUCU